ACUUCACAGCUGGUGGCUGCAAAUAUCCUUCAAGCUCAAAAAAUCGUCCAGGUUCAUCCCCCUGAAUCUUCCCAGUUUUUGGUAUUUGUCUGUUCGUCAACCUCACGCAUUGUUAUCAUUCUGUUUUAUUCCGUCGUCGUCUUCACUGCUUCGCUCUCGUUCUCUCGUACACGGAAGAAGAGUUUCAAUCACAGCUCUAUAGGUAGGGUUUUGGCCCUUCGUUGUAUGGGAGUUUCGGUUUCUGCGAUCGUACACGCCUGUUCGAUGCGCCUACGUCGAUUUUGCUGCUCUGACUGUCUCCGCCGCCGUUACCGCUGUUUCUGUUCCUGUUCGUGUUGUUAAAUUACGAAUUGAAUCUUCGAUCGAGUUUAUCUGUGAUUUUUUGUGGUGAUUGGUAUGGAUUUGACUCAAUCGCAGUCGAGUAAUUUGUCGUUAGGGUUUUUAUCUCACGUGUCGUCUGUUGCGCCGCCCAACCGGAGCCAAAUUGCGGAUGAUUCGAUCUCGUUUCAGCUUGAUUCGAGCUCGUGGGACCCGUCGCAUCCACCUCCGUCGGUUCCGCUUCAAUUGAUGGAGCAGCAGACGGCGGAGGUGAAGGAUGGGGAUGGCGGUGGGAAUGGGGAUGAGGAGAAGGAUGUUGAGGAAAUUCGUAUUUUGGGGCACUCUAUGUGUUUUAAGCGGAAGAGGGACACUGAUUUGAAUUCUCCCUUGAAGAGUUUGAGGGCAGCGAAUUUGGGUGAGCAGCAGCAAGGGCUCGAAUUCCGUAGGAAUGCUGUUAGGGCUUGGGGGAACCAGGGGCUUAGUUUGGCUGACCCCGAGGUGUUUGAGAUGAUGGAGAAGGAGAAGCUUCGGCAGUACAAGGGAAUUGAACUUAUUGCUUCAGAAAAUUUUGUGUGCAAAGCAGUAAUGGAAGCUCUAGGGAGCCACUUGACUAAUAAGUACUCGGAAGGAAUGCCAGGAGCAAGGUAUUAUGGUGGUAAUCAGUUUAUUGAUGAGAUUGAGACCCUUUGUUGUGAGCGUGCUUUGGCUGCUUUUGGACUUGAUUCUGAGAAUUGGGGUGUGAAUGUGCAACCUUAUUCUUGUACAUCAGCAAACUUUGCUGUUUAUACUGGUUUGCUAUUGCCUGGUGAUCGUAUAAUGGGGUUGGAUACACCAUCUGGUGGGAACACUAGUCAUGGUUACUAUCUCCCAAAUGGUAGGAAAGUUUCUGGGGCUUCAAUUUUCUUUGAGAGUCUGUCUUACAAGGUCAAUCCGCAAACUGGAUAUGUAGAUUAUGAAAAGCUUGAGGAAAGGGCUCUUGAUUUUCGCCCAAAAAUACUUAUUUGUGGUGGGAGUUCCUACCCCCGAGAGUGGGAUUAUGCAAAGUUUAGGCACAUUGCAGAUAAGUGUGGAGCUGUUUUAUUGUGUGAUAUGGCUCAAAUUAGUGGUCUUGUUGCUGCAAAGGUUUGUGAAAACCCCUUUGAGUAUUGUGAUAUAGUUACUACAACGGCCCAUAAAAGUCUUCGAGGGCCACGAGGAGGUAUUAUUUUUUUUAGGAAGGGUGCAAAGCCGAGGAAAAGAGGCAUGCUUUUGAAUCAAGGCGAUGGCAGUGAUAAGUAUGAUUUUGAGGAGAAGAUAAAUUUUGCAGUUUUCCCAGCAUUGCAAGGUGGCCCACACAACAACCACAUUGCUGCUCUUGCAGUAGCAUUGAAACAAGUGGCAACUCCUGAAUAUAAGUGCUACAUGCAACAAGUGAAGAAGAAUUCUCAGGCUUUAGCUGCUGCUUUAUUGAGAAGAAAUUGUAGACUGGUCACUGGAGGGACAGACUAUCACCUGAUAAUUUGGGAUCUAAGGAAUCUUGGGUUAACAGGUAAGAAUUUUGAGGUGGUCUGUGAAUCAUGUCAUCUUACUCUCAACAAAGUGAUGGUCUUUGAUGACAAUGGAAGUAUAACACCUGGAGGUGUGAGGAUAGGGACUACUGCUAUGACUACAAGAGGCUGCAUAGAGGCUGACUUCGAGAUAAUAGCCGAUAUCCUUCUUAAAGCUGCACAUAUUACAAAUGCAAUACAGCGAGAACAUGGGAAGCUGCUCAAGGGUUUCUUGAAGGGCAUAGAGAAUAACAAAGAUAUUAUUGAGCUCCGGACACGCGUUGAAAAUUUUGCAUCUCAGUUUGCAAUGCCUGGACUCGACAUAUAAUGUGGUGCCGGGGACAAGAUGGCAUUCAGUGACUGCCCUCUGGUAUUGAAUGCGUCUUGAGUCUGUAAUUACAGUUGAUUAUCAUUUCACACAAUUGAGCCAGUCAGCCUUUGCACACUUUUGCUGGCUUGAUUAUCCACAGCAGUGCCACAUCAAAGUGUUCCCAGCUGACCGUUAAGUGCCAUUCUGAUCAAUGGCACCAAUUUUGAUUGUGUACUAGCAGAUACGGUCCUGGUCAGUGUGAAACUAUCAUGGCGUGGCAUUACUCGUCCGCAGAAGUUUUGCAGAGUUUUGAUAAUGAUUGCAACAACUGAAUCAACCCCUCUCCUCCCAUUUCUUCUGCUUGGUAUAUAUAGUGUCAUAAUAUGAUAUUCUUUGUCACGCUUAGUAAUUACUAUCCUCUUUCAUUAUAUAUAAUAUUAUUUUGUAAAUUACAGAGGCUUGAGUUGUGUAUUCUGAAGUAACAAACAGGUAUCCGAUUAUCCAAAACAAGUUCACCUUUUUUUGGUUCUGUUUU